AUGUCGCCAUUUGGCUUGUUAGCUUAUGUCGAGGAAUCCCCCUCAUCAAUUAAACAGGAACUCGUCAGCCUGACAAAUGCCUACACGAGAAAGCCCUCCCACAAAUCUGCAACGGGCGCAAAGUCCACUGUCGGAGUUGUCCUCGCAUCAAUCCGCUCCGAUGAUUUGACCUGGCUGCGCGACUAUUGCCAUGAGACGUACGCGAACUCUACCUCCCUCCACCUCCACAGCCACCUCCACUUCGGUCGCGAUCCUCACCCUGAUCUUCAAAUACUAACAAAGAACUUCAACAGUGGCAGUACACCCUUCGUCUACUCAGGCGACCAGAAACCCGAACCAAACCUCCUCAUCCCUGCAAACCUGCGCGGUCGCGAAGCCCCCGCCUAUCUCUCCUACGUCGUCGACUUCUACGACAACCUCCCUGACUACUCGAUUUUCGUCCACGCACACCCCGAACAAUGGCACAACGAUCUCUUCGGUCCUUUCACUGGGGACACAAUCAAAAAUAUCCGAUUCCAAUCUGUCGAUGCGCUCGGAUACGUCAAUCUCCGCUGCGAACAUAACCCCGGCUGUCCAACGGGUGUCAACCCCCUAAACCCUACAAAGAUCGAUAUCGAAGGCAAGGACAUUCGCGCGUAUUUCGCAGACGCAUAUCAGGAGAUCUUCAAUGUGCCUCGAUCGGAGGUACCGAAGGAGAUUGGAAAUGUGUGCUGUGGCCAGUUUGUCGUUAGCCGGGAGAGAAUCCUGGCGCGACCGAUCGAGGAUUAUCAGCGCAUUCUUAACUGGGCGGGGACGACGAAACAAACGGAUAGUUUUGGAGUUGGUUGGGUUAUGGAGAAGUUGUGGCAUAUUGUUUUUGGAAUGGAUGCGAUUUAUUGCCCACGCUACGAACAAUGCCGAUGUGAUGUAUACGGAUGGUGUGGUCCACUGCCAUCAGGAGAGAUGUUGACGCCCGCGACGAAGAACGAAUUGUAA